GCGCUCCUGCAUGCCGCCUCUCGCACGGGCUGCACGAGUGCUGGAUCCUGAUAUGGGCGUGCUGGAGAAGCUGGCAACUGCAUGGAGCGGGAUAGAAGGCCGAGACACGUGGAUCAGAGGCAGUGACUGCGACAACAUGGCCACUGUCAAAUGUGAUGCAGACGGCCACGUCGUCUCAAUUGACACAACCGGCAGCCUGAUAGGGGCCUCAAUUCCAGAGGGCAUGAGCGCCUUGGAGCGCCUGACCGUUCUGGCCGUUAGGUCCAGUGGACUGAAAGGCUCCUUGCCCGCUGCUCUCUUUUCCCUGCCCAACCUCAAGCACCUUGUUCUUUCAGGAAAUCAGCUGUCAGGCAGCAUUCCCAGCACAGUAGGAGAGGCUGAACGCCUGCAGACCCUAUUCCUUUCCGACAACCAGCUGAGUGGCUCCCUGCCUUCCUCCAUGGGCAGCCUCUCUGCGCUCAGGCACCUCAUUUUGAGCAACAAUGGGCUUUCGGGAUCCAUUCCAGAGUCGCUCAGCAAUCUGCAGAAGCUUGAGUACAUGGGCAUGGACAACAACCAGAUCAACGGCUCCAUUCCAGAGAACCUAGGCAACCUACAAAAGCUAACAUACUUGAUGCUGGACCAUAACUCGCUCACAGGACCCAUCCCGGAUUCAAUAGGCGAUAUCACUGGCCUGCAAGGACUGUUAUUGCAUUACAACUGGUUCAGUGGCACCAUUCCAGCCUCCUUGGCCAACCUCAACCAACUUACAACCAUGUCUCUGUCCGAGAACCUCCUUAGGGGGACAAUACCUGCAGUAUUCAGCACACUCACCAGCCUCAAGUACUUCAUCCUGGGAUACAACCAGCUGGUGGGGAACCUUCCCUCUCUGAAGCUCAUGCCCUCCCUCAAGGCCGUGGCUGCAAGCUUCAACUUCCUCACCGGUGCAGCAGAAGCCCCUCCAGCAUGCCCCCCGUACCAGCUGUACCUGGAUUACAACUGCUUUCCCAUUAAUCUCACCCUCUGCGACAGCCAGCAAACCCAGAAGAGUGCCGAUUGGUGCAGGUGGUUCUGUGGAACCGAGGUGUUCAACCCCCCUUGUAGCGGCCAUGGAGCAUGCUACUACACCCCUCCAAGCACUGAUCUCUCGUGUGCUUGUGACUAUGGGUACACGAGUGGGACGGCUGUCGAAACAUGUGUCCCACAAGGCUCCUACAUGCCCUCCCUCCUCUCCUCCUACUCGCACCCAAUGGCUCUCUUCCAGUCGGCCUCCUCUGCCCCCAACGGCUCCAUCUUCCUCUCCUCUGCGCCAUCCACUGCAUCAUGGGGAGCAGCCUUCACACAGCAGCCCAUUGCCCUCUUCCGCCCCACCACCCGCAAGGCGCCCUGCGACCAGCCCAUUGCCUUCUCCUUUGACUCGGUGCUGAGUGUGAAGCACAGCGACCCCAACGACAACCACGUGGGCGUCAAUGUGGGCGGCUCACCUGUGUCCCUCGCCUCUGCCACGGCCCCUCUCAUCCUCAACGACGCCCAAACCAAGCACGCCUGGAUCCACUAUGACCCCACCAGCGGCGGCACUCUCCGAAGGCACGACAUCCUCUGGUGGAACAUUGAGACAGGCAUACCACCUGCAGUGGACUGGAAGAGUCAGACUCCUGGUAGUGCAUUCGGGAUGGUGGCAUCAAGGGAAGAGAUGGCAGCAGGCAGUGAGGGCGAGAUGGUGCCCUCUUCAUUCCACUAUGCCAGCAUUGCCUUCCUCCCCAAUGCUGACGGGCUGCCAUCAUGGGACCUUCCUCCAUAUGUGUCUUGGAUGCGAGACGAGUCAACAUGGCCUGUGAAUAACCAGCAUGGAUGCGCUGAAUCCUCUGUGUACGCAGUGGUGGCAGCAGUGGAGGCGGCUUACAGCAUCAUGGGCAACUUGUUCCAACCCCCCCGGCUGUCUGUGGAGCAUGUGCGCGGGGCCCUCUCAUCCAACUGCGACGACAUGUCUCCCCGCGAUGUGCUGGCCUUCCUGGCGGCUGCCACGCGCAAGGGAGGGGGGCUCGUGGAUGAGGCAGCAGCAGCGGGCUCCAGUCAACGCAGCCUGCCGUCCGCGGGCCGGCGGGAGAGGCUGCAGAAGCCCAAGUACUACGGAAUUCAAGGCUUUGAGGAGACCUCGUUUGGCGGGUGGCUGGGGCUGCUGCUGGCAGUGCAGCGGCAGCCAGUGGUUGUGAGACUAGAGGCAUCCACACCAUCGUUCCUCGACUACAAUGGGAAAUACAAGUAUGCAGAUGGCAGCUGCUUCCAAAAGGGAGUGAACCACGCAGUUCUGGUGGUGGGCUACGGUGUCGAGGGGAGCAGCUCUAGCCCUUUCAGCCUGCCGGCGCCUCUGUGGGUCAUCCGCAACUCGUGGGGCAGCGAAUGGGGGGCUGCAGGCCACAUGUUCAUGGACAUGCAGAGCGGCCCUGGCAUCUGUGGCAUCAACACACUGCCUGGCCUCUUCCCCAUCCUCAGAUCUGCUGCUGACCCGUGUGGCAGCAACUCCAUGAUGCUCGUACCACCAGCCGGAGUGGCAGCAAGCAGCGCGUUCAACCCCUGUGGGCAGUUCAAGUGCUCCAAGGCCGGAGCAUCCAACCGCUGUGCCUGUGCUGCUCCCCACUUCGUGGAAGCCCCUCACUCCGACGGGUCAAAAACAUGCGCCUAUGUGGACGCCUGUGGGCUGGCAGGCAGCAACCCGUGUGUGGUGGGCACGUGUGUGAACGAUGGUAGGGGCAGCUACUCCUGUGUGUGUCCCCCGGGGUUCGUUCAAGGCACCACUGCCAAGGGAACCCUCUCCUGUGCACCAGGUGACAGCAAGGGCAUCUAUACGGUGCGUGGCAGCAAUGUCUGGUGCUCUCACUUGCUUCCUGUGCUUGGCCUCACACUGGACCAACUCAAGCAGCAGAACAAGAAGCUUUCCUGCACCAAGCCCAUCCUAGUGAACUCCAAGCUGAAUGUCAAGCCGCUUCAGCCUCUUCCCCGCUGCUCUCUCAUUUACACCACCCAUCAUGGCGACAGCUGUGCCUCAGUGGCAGCGCUCUUUAAUCUGACCGAGGGGUGCCCCGUGGAGGGCGAGGCAUGCGGGGAGGCGGUGGUGGGGCUCAACCCUGGGCUGGACUGUGCAGCGCUCACGGGCAGCCAGGCCGUGUGUGUGGAGCGGGAGGAGAGCAAGGCGGGGGUGGUGGCAGUGUGUGAGCAGCAGUACGAGGUGCAGGGCAGUGGCGGCUGCGAUGCUGCAAGGAUGGCCGUGGAUCCACCUCUGAGCCCCUUGGAGUUCCACCGCCUCAACCCCGGCAUCAACUGCAACACCCGCCUGCCGACUGCCUCGAUUGAGGGCUACUCACAGCGCACAGUGUGCAUUCACAGCAGCACCCAGUACAAGAUUGUUCUCGUGUGGGGAAAUGCUUAAUGGAGGAAUAGUCGGUGAGGAAUUGGUCACGCUUAGAACGAAAGAUGGAGUGCAGUAGUAAAUUAGGGUCCGAAAA